AUGACUGCGAUUGUCGACGAGGAUGUCAGCUCUUCGGAUGGCGACGAUGCUCUCAAACUGGCUGGCACACAUGCGCACCACUUUGACGAAAAAUACUAUGCGCGCCUUCGACGAAAGAUUGAUCUACAUGUCAUGCCUCUUCUUGUUUUUGUCUACUUCACCCAAUUCUUAGACAAAAACAUCUUAUCCUACGCAUCUGUCAUGGGUUUUCCUGUCACGGGCAUCUGGUACAACGACAUCGCUCAAGCAUUUUACAUGGGGUUUCUCGUCUGGAUGUUUCCCACCCAGUACAUUGGACAAAAGUUCCCGAUCGCCAAGUACCUCGGUGUGCAUAUUAUUAUAUGGGGAAUCUUGGUCAUGCUCCACGCCGUUUGCCACAACUUCUCUGGCUUCUACGCACUCCGUUUCUUCCUGGGUAUGCUCGAAGCUUGCGUCUCGCCCAGUCUGAUCCUUAUCGUCAGUAUGUGGUACAAACAGAAUGAACGCGCGUCUCGAAUUGGGUGGUUCUACGCCGGUAACCUCAGCACGUCGAUCGUAGGCGGAGCGGUCGCUUACGGCGUGACCUUUUACAAGGGCGCCAUCGCACCUUGGAAGCUCCUCUACCUCAUCCUCGGCGUCCUGGCUGUCACGAAUGGUAUUCUUGUCGUGCUCUUCCUCCCAGACUCUCCUGUCACAGCUGGCUUCCUAACCGAAGAGGAACGGAUCGCUGCGCUCGAGCGAGUUCGUCUUGACCAAGCCGGUACCCACAACAAGCACAUCAAGAAAUAUCAGAUCGUUGAGACUUUCAAAGAUAUCCGAACUUGGAUCAUGUUCAUCAUUAUCAUGUGCAUCGGCGUUCCAAAUGGUGGAAACUCUGCCUUUAGCAACAUCAUCACGAAGAGCUUCGGCUGGACGUCUCGUCAAACGCUGUUGCUUGAUAUGCCUCGAGCUGCCAUCGGUGGCUUCGCUGUCGUAGCUGUCGGCUGGCUCUCGGAUCGUAUCAAUGAUCGUAUGACAUUGGUCCUCAUCUUUACACUUCCGACCCUUAUUGGCAUGAUUAUCAUGACCACCAUGCAAUACUCGGGCAAGAAGGGCGUGCUCGAAUUCGCGCAACUGUUCCAGAAUCUCUCCGCGCCUGCGUUUCCGCUCUGCUAUGCUUGGAACGCCAGUAAUACUGGUGGUCACACAAAGAAGGUCACCGUGAACUCAUUCACCCUCUUUACGUUUGGCGUUGGUUCUGUCGUCGGUACUUACAUCUUCCUACCCCAAAAUGCGCCGGGCUAUAUUCCUGGGAAAGCAGCAGUUGUGGUCUUGACUGCAGUGAUGAUGGUGUGUGCCGCUGUGAUGGCAUAUGUUAAUGUUCGCUUGAACAGACAGAAGAAAGUGGUCUUGGAGAAACUUAUUGCAGACAAUGGAUGGUCGGAGGAGGAUGUUGAGCGGGAGCGGGAGAAGACGGCAUUCCUUGAUCUCACGGACAAGGAGAAUGUUUUCUUCAUGUACACUCGUUGA